AGAAAAAGACGGAGGACUUUCAACAGAGAAACAAUGGGCGGCGAACUAUCCACCCAAGUCCAUGCUAACACCCCCCCGCAAACACUCUCCCGCCGAGACCUGCCUGCGGUAGCGGAAUUCAUCCUGAGCGGGAAGUGUGAAAAGAUAGUCUUUCUGGUACUCCCCCUUCCCAAAGCCCCACCGCCGCUACCACCACCACAAGCUAACAUACCGGUAUCUCCAAGUGCGGUGCCGGUAUCUCCACCUCCGCCGGUAUCCCGGACUUCCGCACUCCGGGUACAGGCCUCUACUCCAACCUCCAAACUCUAAACCUCCCGCACCCAGAGGCCGUCUUCGACAUAAGUUUCUUCCGCACCAACCCACAGCCAUUCUACACCCUUGCGAAAUCCCUGCACCCUGGCCAAUUCACCCCGACAGUCACACACGCCUUCAUAUCAUUAACGGCAAAGAAGAACUUGCUACACAAGUGCUUCACCCAGAACAUCGACACGCUGGAACGCGCCGCCGGGGUUCCGCCAGAGAAGCUCGUUGAAGCGCACGGCUCGUUUGCGGGGCAGUCAUGCAUCGAUUGUCACGUCGCGUACCCGGCCGACAAGAUGAAGGAGCACCUUCUCGCCGGAAGUGUUCCCAAGUGCGAGGCUUGCGCCGGGUUGGUGAAACCGAAUAUCGUGUUUUUUGGGGAGAACUUGCCGGGGGAGUUCCGCACAGGGAUUGGAAUGGUUGGGGAGGCGGACUUGGUGGUUGUUAUGGGGAGUUCGUUGAGUGUUUAUCCCUUUGCGGCGCUUCCUGUACGGGCCAGGGAGGGGGCUGUAAGGCUUUUAAUCAAUAAUGAGAGGGCGGGGGAGAUUGGUGGGCGGGCGGACGACGUGAUUUUUCUGGGCGGGUGUGAUGAGGGGGUGAGAAAGUUGGCUAAGGAGUUGGGGUGGGCUGAAGAGUUGGAGGAAGUUUGGGGGUCGGUUGGGGGCGGGACCGAUAAGGAUGCGGAAGCGGAGGGAGACGCCGAACCGGUAGAAAGCAUAGACGCGAAAGUCGGCCGCUUAACCGAAGAAGUCGAACGUGACCUGUCCAUUGUCGAUGGCUGGAAGGGAAACGUAAUGAAAGACCUCACCAUUCAAGAGAAACGAAUCAACAGACUGGUCGAAGCCGACCUUCGUGGCGAAAACGGCGAAGUCAGCCUCGUCGCUCAGAAGAACCUCGGGGGGGUCGCCGCCAAUGAGCCAACUAGUUCCGCCGAGAGCAAGACUGACCCCAAUACUACCGCCUGAGAACCUGAAAGUUAGGUGAGGAAAGUGAGUAGCACGGGGGGAGGAUGAAUAAUUAUCGUAAAGCGUGAGUCAGUGCGGGUGAGAUUGUUUGGGUUUACGGUUUUAGCUUUGUUUUCAUUGUUGGUUACGGUGUGUUGGCUGGUCAGUUGCUUUUGUUGAGAAAUAUGCAUGAUAUACGGUACUUUGACCUUUGUUCCGCAUUAGGCUUUAUCUGUUGGAUGGGUUAUAUUAGUGUGGAACUGUUGUACUAUCGUCAUAAACGAUCACUCGCCUG